AUGUCGCCCAGGACAUCAAUGCACGAAAAGCAGGCUCUCCUACCGUCGAAGCCAGCCAUGGUGCACGGAAAUGCCAAGUAUACCCUUGUCAUCCACGGCGGUGCAGGCACAAUGGAACGACAUAGCUCAACGCCUGAGCUCCAGGUACAGUACAAAACCGCGUUGAGCAAUGCACUGCUUGCAGGGUAUGCGAUCCUGAGCGCAGGUGGCGAGGCGAUGGAUGCUGCUGUAGCGGCGGUUUCUUCCAUGGAAGAUUGCCCGCUUUUUAAUUCAGGAAAGGGGGCAGUAUUUAACGUCGAUGGCAAAAACGAGCUCGAGGCCUCUAUUAUGCUUUCCACGCCGCCCUCAACCCACCCGUCUAUCCCUCCCACGCGCCGCGGCGUCGGGCUCACGCUUCUCUCUCACACGCGUUACCCCUCCCAGCUCGCGCGUGCGCUCUACCUCGCGCCCGACGUUGCGCCGCACACGAUGCUCUCCGGGACCACCACGGAGACGCUCGGCGAAAAGAUGGGCGUGCAAAUGGUCGACCCCAGCUACUUCUUUACGGAGCAGCGUUGGCGCGAGCACCGGCGCGGCCUCGGGCUCCCCGAGGAGCCGUUGCCGUACCCGAGCGAGGGCCCCGACGUGCCGCAGAACCUGGACCACCUCCCCACGGGGACGGUGGGCGCGGUCGCACUGGACGUGCGCGGCUGCAUUGCUGCGGUGACUUCGACCGGUGGGCGCACGAACAAGCUUGUAGGGCGCGUUGGUGACACGCCGAGCAUGGGUGCGGGGUUCUGGGCUGAGGGAUGGCGCAUUGAGGGCUGGGCACAGCGUGCGUGGAGGAAGGUUCAGGGCAAGGGCGCUACAGUGGCGCUCGGUGUGAGCGGGACGGGCGACGGUGAUUAUUUCAUCCGCCUGGCGACUGCUUCGACUAUUGGCCGACGUAUGAGGUAUCUCGGUGAGUCUCUUGAAACGGCGGCGUGCCAUUGUGUAGAGGAGCUUCGGCGCGAUGGUGGUGUGGGUGGCGUGAUCUCUCUGGACAAUGAAGGCAAUGUCGCGAUGCCAUUGAAUUGCUCGGGCAUGUAUAGAGGUGUCGUCAGAGAAGACGGUGCCCCAAAGACGGCUAUCUUCGAUGACGACGAACUGAGCUAG